CAACACUGCGGUCGGUGCUGCGCGGUUUGAAUGUAGGUUCAAUAACAUCUUCUAAUGUCAUAGUUUUGAUUAAGUUAGGGUUUCUCAUUGCGUUAACAUUGUAAUUAAUGACAAAUGCUGCUCAAGUGUACAGCAGCCCUGACACACAGCUAGCUGUAAUUUUUCUGCUGCUAGCUCGAAGCUAACAGUCGUCAACAUGUCACACUGGAGCACGUUUGAAAAGGAGACAGAGAAGGAAACGAGGAAACUGAUCAGAUGCAUCAGCGGGAUCGAGGAUGAAGACGACCAGAACUUCCAGCUGGGACUGAAGUUUGCCUGGUCCAACUUCAGGUUUCAUCGUUUCUUGGAUGUGGACAGCCACAAAGUCCAUCGCAGUAUAAGUGGGAUAUACGAAAAGCUCAUGGUGCACUCUGACUUGAGCAAAGCAGAAAGUUGGAUGAAGCUGACUGAAGAGUUCCUGAACUCACCUUUGCCUAAUACAGAUGGGACAAAGACUGAUUCACACUAUUGCAUCCUGUCACUGCUGCUCUGCUUAUCGGAUUCGCCUUCAAACACAAACUUUACUGAGCGACCCAGGGUGAAGGAGGCUGAACAAGAGGACAAUUUUGACUGGGCUGAAUAUCUGAUGGAGGGGGAGGAGGUAGAUGUUGGACCUUAUCCAGAUACACCUGAGUGGUCUGAAGAAGAGAGUGAUGAUGAAGACAGUCAGCAGCCAAUUAGUAGAGAGGAUUCUGGGAUCCAGCUGGACAGAACCCCCCAGGAGGACCAGGACAAUGCCAACAAGACAGUUCCAGUGACAUGGGCAGUGGGCGAGUCUGAUGCCCGGGCCUGGCUUGAACAGCAUGUUGUGACGCCUUACUGGGUGGCUCAUGCACCUCGUUUUCCUCACAGCUUGCAUUUGCAUUCCAACCUGUUAAAUGUUUGGGAUCAGCAUUUAUAUAACACUGAUCCAUUGUAUCUGCCAGAAGAAAAGACCUUUGUCACAGAGACCCAAGUAAUCCGUGAGGCAUUGUGGCUUCUGUCAGGAGUUAAGAAACACUUUAUAUUCCAGCACCAUGAUGGAAAAGUGUCCGUAAGAAGUAAUGUGGUGGUGACUCAUCUGACGAGUAACUGUCUACACUCUGUGCUGGAGCAUAUCGCGGUGUAUGGGCAGGCGGUCUUCAGGCUGCAGCGGUUCAUAGAUGAGGUAACGGGUCACAGCUCGGAGCAUUGCCCACCAGGAUCCACUUCCUCUCACAGCUCAAGAAAGGGCUCCGAUCCUCCCUUCAGGACCUAUCAGGCCUUCGUCUGGGCACUCUAUAAGUACUUUACCGGCUUCAGAGAGGACCUGACCACAAUUGAGAAAGAGCUGAUAUGCAAUGAUGAGACGAUGACUUUGUCUUCAGUCUUGGAGCGACUCGGCCCUCACUUAGCGCAGAUUAAAGUGCUGCACAAAGUGUUUUGUACCGGGGUUGCUGAAGUGCCCCCCGAGACGCCGAAUGUUGUGCGGGCAUCGCACUUGCUUAACACUCUAUAUAAAGCCAUCAUAGAAUACGACAGCGUCGGGGAGGCAUCUGAACAAGCUGUGGCUCUGUUAUUUUCUCUGUGGACAGAGACGGUCAGGCCAUAUUUGGAGAUUGUGGAUGAGUGGAUUGUUCAUGGUCACCUGUUUGACCCUGCCAAAGAGUUCAUUAUCCAAAGGAACAAGGACGUAGCAGUAAACCACCGGGACUUCUGGCAUGCCACCUACACACUGUACAGUGUGUCCCAGAUGGUGGAGAAUGAGGAGAAGCUGAGCGACGCUGCCAGUGGGAGCUCUAGUGGGGAUCAGGGUUCCAGCAACAGCCAGCUCACCAUGGUGUCCUUCCUCAAACCUGUCCUCAAGCAGAUCAUCAUGGCUGGAAAGUCCAUGCAGCUGCUCAGAAACUUGCACUGCAAGGAGGUUGAGCAGUGUGAAACAUCCUCUAGAGAUGCAGAGAGGAAGAGUUUGUACACACUGUUUCUGGAAUCGGUGCAGUCACGUCUCUCCAGUCGUGAAGACACUCCCACAGACGCCAUCAUCGAGCAACAGGCCACUAAAAGGAGCCUCGUAAAGAUGCAGUCCAUCAUUGCACAUCAUCUGGAGAUCGAUGAUGUCCAUGACCCGUUGCUGGCCAUCAACUUUGCCAGGCUGUACUUGGAGCAGAGCGAUUUUCACCAGCGGUUCUCUGGGGGCGACGUCAUUGUAGAUCGCUCGUCACAGUCUGUCACUUGUCAGACGUUUGAGCUCACGCUGCGCUCCUGUCUCUACCCACACAUUGAGAAGCAGUAUAUCGAGUGUUGCGGUAAUCUUAUGAAGACUUUAAAAAAAGAUUACAGGCUGCUGGAGUAUCUCCAAGCUAUGAGGAACUACUUCCUCCUGGAAGCUGGAGACACCAUGUACGACUUUUACACUGCCAUCUUUGACAAGGUCCAAGAGAAGGAGAGCUGGCAGCAGCCGGCUUUUCUCAAUGUUCAGCUGCAGGAGGCAGUUGGACAGCGCUACCCAGAGGACAGCAGCAGGCAGUUGUCAGUCUUGUUGGAGACCAUAGACCCUGUCAGGAAAAAACACCCUGUGAAUAAUCUAGAAGUGCUUACCCUCAGUUACAAGGUUCCCUGGCCUGUUGAUAUUGUGAUCAGCUCUGAGUGUCAGAAGAUCUACAACCAAGUGUUUCUCCUCCUGCUGCAGAUAAAAUGGGCCAAAUACAGUUUAGACACACUUCGUUUUAGUGAUUUAACAGGUGUCACUAAAAAGUUUGAGGAAGGUCUGGCUGAAGAAGUAAAAGUCAAAGAGCCGAUAAACCAGCAGAUUCACCGGAUGUGUCUUCUGAGGGUCAAACUGAUGCACUUUGUCAACAGCCUUCACAACUACAUCAUGACCAGGAUUUUGCACAGCACAGGAUUGGAGUUUCAGCAUCAAGUUCAGGAAGCCAAGGAUCUAGACCAGCUGAUUAAAAUUCAUUACAGAUAUUUAGCAACUAUUCAUGACCGUUGCCUGCUGAGGGAGAAGGUGAGUUUUGUGAAGGAGGCAAUAAUGAAGGUUCUUAAUCUUGUCCUCAUCUUCUCAGACCGAUGGCAAACUGGAUUUGGAGCCUGGAAGAUUGAGUCCAUUGAUAAAAUGGAGUCAGAUUUCAAAAACUGUCACAUGUUCCUGGUGACGAUACUGAAUAAGGCUGUAUGUCGCGGCUCAUUUCCUCACUUGGAGUCUCUCGCUCUCUCUCUGAUGGCUGGGUUUGAGCAGUGCUGAAGAAGAGGAUGGACUAAACUCCUCUUCUGUAACGUGUCCACUUGCACUGAUACAGAUGGAUUUGGACAACUUAAAAACAUACAGACCUGCACAUUGGUUUGAUCAUUUAUAUAAAAGCAACUGCCUGUAAAGUGUUUUGAACUCUUGAGUUGUUAAUAUUAUGUAGAAUAUGUACAGUAUUGUCCAGUCAUUUACAGAAUAUUUAAUGUGGCUAAAACUUUGAAAAAAGUAAUGCACAGCUGCUAAACAUCUACAAUUUAUAAAUAAAUGUGUGUGUGAAACUGCUUUUUUCACCUUUUAAAAUAUGUAAUUUCUCAUCUGUUGUCUCCUGCAGUCUAUAAAAGAAAAUCUGCUUGUGUUA